UUUCCUAGCCGAAAAACGCCUUUUCCUUCCCGCCUUUUCCGCGGGAGCUCCAGGGACCGUCUGAGACCCUCCGCACAACAACCCUGAGAGGUGGGCCCGGCUAAGCUCGCCCUCAGCGAAGGGAGCAAUGUCUGCUUUCUUUCAGAUCUUGAAUUAAUUCCAGCAUGGCAGAGUAUGGGAUCUCUCUCGGCGAACAAGUGGCUGUGGUUUGCGAUAGUUACGCCUCUCCCGAGGCACUUCAGAAAUUUGUCCAGGAUGUUCAAGCAAUUAUUGGAGCUGAAAAUCAGGUUUCUGUAGAAAACGUCAAUCAACUGCUUUAUUCCUCCCACAAAGAGUCCAGCUUUGAUGUGGUUCUUUCAGGACUGGUUCCUGGCAGCCUAACACAGCACAGUGCAGAGCUUCUUGCUGAAAUAGCUCGGAUUGUCAAGCCUGGAGGCCGUGUCCUUUUGAAAGAAGCAGUGACCACCGAAACAGGUAACGAUGACAAACUCAAGACAGUAAGCAAACUACAAACAAUCGCAACACUCUCUGGUUUGGUUGAGGUAAAGGAGCUGCAGAAGGAUGCUUUAACCUCAGAACAAAUUCAAGCUGUCCAGAAGCAUCUGGAUCUGCAGUGCCAUGAAAUUCUCGCAGUUCAGUUAGAAGGCAAAAAGCCCAAUUUUGAGGUUGGAUCUUCAAGUCAGCUCAAGCUUUCUACUAUCAAGAAACCACCAACUGAAAAACCACGGGUGGAUCCCACGGCUGCAAAACUCUGGACUCUUUCUGCCAAUGACAUGGAUGACGAGGACGUGGAUCUCCUGGAUUCAGAUGAGCUUCUGGAUCCUGAGGAUUUGAAAAAGCCAGAUCCCGCAUCUCUCAAAGCACCUUCUUGUAAGGAAUCUGGAAAGAGGAAAGCCUGUAAGAAUUGCACCUGCGGCCUUGCUGAAGAACUAGAGCAAGAGAAGAAAAAUGCACAGCCAAAAUCUGCUUGCGGCAAUUGCUACCUGGGGGAUGCCUUCCGCUGCGCCAGCUGCCCUUACCGUGGCAUGCCAGCCUUUAAGCCUGGCGAGAAAAUCCUCUUGAGCGAAACCAACCUUCAGGACUCCUGAGAGAGGAGCAGCAACUCACAGCUUCCUUGGCGGUGCUUCAUGGUUUGGACACAACCGGCAGUUUCUCUAGUAAAGAGGGAGGAAGUCUGGACUUGGUGGGGGGAUCAGCAAACAAAUAGGUGGACCAAUGCAGGCUGUGUCCGCUUUCAGGAUUCCCUGGCCGACACAG